UGGAUUUAAUGUUAAGCACUUAAAGUACAUAACGGAGCUAACAGGCUAGACUCGGGACUGAAGCGAGUUAAAGAAAUAGCGAGGGGGGGGUUUGGACCUAGAUGUCGUCAUUGUAGUGUGCUAUAUUUAUAUCAAAGCCGUAUCAUAUUUUGUGAGUUUUCUAACGAGCUUGUUGAUACGCAGCUGAUGUGAGAGCUAACUAAUUAGCUAGCGUUUAGCCAGUUAGCGGUAUAGAAGCUAAUAGCAUUAGCAUCCCGGCGUUAGAAAAGAGAGAGGACAUCGCCAGUCAUUUCGUCCCGGUCAUAUUGUUUACUUAACUUUGUUACCAAUUUAUGUCGGUAAGACAAACUGUAUAAAUAAUCCAAGAGAAGCAUCCUGUGGAGCCAUGUACCAGCUCCCUGUGAAUAAUCUUACAAGGAUCAGGAAAGCCAGAAAACAAGUGAAGAGAAACCUUGAGGAUAUAGGACUCGAGCUCUGCAAGGAGGUAGCAGAGGAGUUUAAAGAGUUUUGCCCAGAUGAACAAACUGUAAAGGACACUCAUGGCCGUGACAUCUUCACAUGGGAUCCAUCUAACUCUAAAACACAGGGUUACCGAUCGAAGCCAUUUUGCUGUACAGAGUGCCGAUUUUCUUCCAAAUACUACUCUGGCUACAAAAAUCACUUCCGCAGUGUGCACCGGAAAAUACUGGAUAGUCAACUUCUACUCAACUGUCCAUACUGUUCUUUCAGUGCAAAUAGAAGGACCCUGGAGACACAUGUCAAAAUAUUCCACAUACCCCAUUCAUUCCAGCUGAACUAUGGGAAUCCACAUGCUUCUGUUUUGAAAAACAGCGCCGUACAGGGAAACAGAGUGGAGAAACCAAUGUACUUCUGCAAGAAGUGCAAAUUCCGAGACACACUCUACAAUGUUGUCAGAAGACAUAUUUACAGAGAACAUUUUCAGCAUAUUGUUUCACCAUAUCAUGGCAGGGUUUCUGCAUCUGUUAAAAAUGGUGCUUGUUCUGUCAAUGGCAACAACAUUUUCUGCAAACAGUGUCCAUUUUCCACUCGGAGCUAUGAGGCUUUAGUGCAGCAUGUUGUAGAGUACCAUGAACGUAUUGGUUCACAAGUUACAACCAUGAUUGGACAUGCUAAUGUUAUGAUGUCAAAGCCUCAGCCAACCAUGAAUGAGAAAGCUGCUCUGAUCAUUAAGAGGAGUAAGACUCCAAGACCCGAGCCAGCAACGCAGCCAGUAAUUGGCUACCUGAAGCCUACUGUGAAGAGUCAGCGCAGUGUCCCAGCCAAUCCGAAGCGUGUCACAGUUAAUGCAAACGGUGCUGUAGCUCAAAACAAUCAAACUAGUGUAAACACAGCCCAAACACAGAAAUGGAAGAUAUGCACGGUUUGUAAUGAACUCUUUCCAGAAAACCUGUACAGUGCUCAUUUUGAGUGUGCCCACAAGGCAAAAAAGGUUUGGGCACUGGCCAAAUACAUCAUGAAAAUCCACAAUUUCACCAGUAAGUGUUUGCUUUGCAACCGCUAUCUGCCCAGCAACACAUUACUUAACCACAUGCUGAUUCAUGGCUUAACCUGUCCUCAGUGCCACUCUGCUUUCCACAGUGUUGAAAAAAUCAUGGAGCACACAGCCAAGACCCACCCAGAUGAGUUUGUUGGACCCAGUGGUGCAUCACCUCUAACUUUUGAUCUCACCAUUAAACAAAGCAAACCCACCAACAUUCAGCUUGCUGUCCUCACGUUUAACAUGAAGGAGUCACCCAAUGGUCAGGAUCAAUCUGCACCUGCGCUACAGUAUGGUAAUCUGCCUGAAAAACUACAACCGGUUAGAAUUAUGGAAAAGCAAAGUGAACCAAGAAGUUUAGUCUCACUGAUCCAGAACAGCGAUGUUGGAAAAACUGUUUGCCCGCUGUGUUUCUCCAUCCUCAAAGGUCCCCUCUCAGAUGCUUUGGUCAUGCAUCUGAGACAGCGACAUCAAGUGAUCCAAACCAUGCAUCCUGUCGAAAAUAAGAUGACAUACAAGUGUAUUCAUUGUUUAGGGGUGUACACUAGUAAUAUGGUAGCUUCCACAAUCACCCUGCACCUUGUGCAAUGCAGAGCAGUUGGUAGGAAUCAGUCAAGUCAAGGCUUCAAAUCUACCUUGACUCUCAACUCGGCAGGUGCUGGUAUUCUCAAGAGGCAGUUGCCAACGCAGUCCCCAUCAAAUCCCAAGAAAAUCAAAAUGAGCAAGAAAACAGGUCCCUUCCGUGGAAGCUCUACUCCAUUUCACAACCUGGUUCUGGAUCCUUCGGGCUGUGAGCAUAAGACGCACGAGGCCAGGAAAGACUUCCUCACGGCAUACUUCAACCGACGACCAUACCCAACUUCCCAAGAAGUGGAGAAGCUGGCUGCAAGUCUGUGGCUGUGGAAAUCUGAAGUUGCUAGUCACUUUGCAUUGAAGCGGAAGCUGUGUUUGAAGAGUUGUGAAACCAAGAAGCUUUUAGUCCGAGUUGGCCUUGACAUGAACGCUGUUAGCAAACUGAAACAUUACCUGAUUUUUGAUAAGGGGAGGUUGGUUGGCACCUCCACUGUUAGGUCUACAGGCUUAAAGUCACAUGCUCCAUACACAAAACCAAAACCGCGUCCUCACCAACCAAACCACACAGUGGAGCACAGUGGUUUGCGCAUAGAGAUCAUUUCAAUAGACUCAGACAAUGAAGAAGAAAUGGAGAACCCUGUUCAGAUGGAAGAAUUUGACAUUAACCAAGACGAGCAUGAAAAGGUUAACACAAACCAUGAAGAUAAUGUUGAAUCCAAGUGCCUGGAGAACCUGACUGAAGAGAGAGAACAUGUGGAAAUGGACGAUCCUUUGAGAGAGAAGAGCAUGAGUCAAAAUGGAAAAGAAGUGGACCUGAUUCAAGAAGAGACUGUCUUAUCAAAAAAUGAAAAUGUUGACCCAGGCCAAGAAGAGGUGGUCUUAUUGGAGAAUGAAAAUGUUGAAAUAAACCAAGAAGAGGAAGUCUUGUUGGAGAAUACAAGUGUUGACCUAAACCAAGAGAAGGUCUUGUUGGAGAAUGAAAAUGUUGACCUAAACCAAGAACAGGAGGUCUUGUUGGAGAAUGAAAAUGUUGACCUAAACCAAGGAGAGGAGGUCUUGUUGGAGAAUGAAAAUGUUGACCUAAACCAAGAAAAGAAGGUAUUGUUGGAGAAUGAAAAUGUUGACCUAAACCAAGGAGAGGAGGUCUUGUUGGAGAAUGAAAAUGUUGACCUAAACCAAGAAAAGAAGGUAUUGUUGGAGAAUGAAAAUGUUGACCUAAACCAGGAUGUGGUCCUGUUGGAGAAUGAAAAUGUUGACCUAAACCAAGAACAGGAGGUCUUGUUGGAGAAUGAAAAUGUUGACCUAAACCAAGAACAGGAGGUCUUGUUGGAGAAUGAAAAUGUUGACCUAAACCAAGAACAGGAGGUCUUGUUGGAGAAUGAAAAUGUUGACCUAAACCAAGAAGAGAAGGUCUUGUUGGAGAAUGAAAAUGUUGACCUAAACCAAGAACAGGAGGUCUUGUUGGAGAAUGAAAAUGUUGACCUAAACCAAGGAGAGGAGGUCUUGUUGGAGAAUGAAAAUGUUGACCUAAACCAAGAACAGGAGGUCUUGUUGGAGAAUGAAAAUGUUGACCUAAACCAAGGAGAGGAGGUCUUGUUGGAGAAUGAAAAUGAUUACCUAAACCAAGAAGAGGAGGUCUUGUUGGAGAAUGAAAAUGUUGACCUAAACCAAGGAGAGGAGGUCUUGUUGGAGAAUGAAAAUGAUUACCUAAACCAAGAAGAGGAGGUCUUGUUGGAGAAUGAAAAUGUUGACCUAAACCAAGGAGAGGAGGUCUUGUUGGAGAAUGAAAAUGUUGACCUAAACCAAGAAGAGAAGGUCUUGUUGGAGAAUGAAAAUGUUGAUCUAAACCGAGAAGAGGAGGUCUUGUUGGAGAAUGAAAAUGUUGACCCAAACCAAGGAGAGAAGGUCUUGUCGAAGAAUUAGUGGUUGAUGUACAACUAGAAGAAAAUGUGGAAUCCAAACCCCCACUGAACCUGACAGAAGGGGAAAAACAUGACAUUGACUAGCCUUCCAUUGAUACCAGCUUUAUUAAAUAUGGAAAAGAAAAUGCUGGCAUGACUUCAUGUUUCCUUUUUGUUCUGGUUGAAAAACAUUGGGGUGUAAUAAGUAAACCAGUCGUACCUCCAAAAUGGUCACAACUUGAACGGCUGUUUUUUAGCACUUGGCAUGGGACACAAAAAGUCAUCGGUUCUCAACCUGUUACUCUGAACUGGUGGUGCAGAAAAGAAAAAACUGUUACCCUAACCCGCAUUAUAUAAUUGCCAAUGCUCAUAUAUAUUUAUAUAUAUAUAUAUACACACAGACUGUUCUUUUGCCUACAUUGUGGUUCUGUUUCAAACAACUUUUUUUAUUUUCCCUAGCUGCCAUGACAUAUUAAAAUGGUUUUUCCAGUUUCCCUACUUUUAUUUCACUUUUGUAUUAGUUGUUUCAGUGUAUCCCCUUCAUGGUCUUCAGAUUUAGACCAUUUAAGAUGCAUUUAAAGUUUAUGUACCUGUUUGAAUAAAAAUCUUAAUUGAAAAA